GCCAGACAGCUGGAUUGUGCGGGCUGCCGAGGUGCUCGCUUCCGAAACGCAUUGUGCGACGUUGACGUGAUGAAGCUGCGCUGAGCCCUAUUAGCUAGCAGUAUCUAUUUAUCAACGUGCGUGACAGCGCGGGCGGCUUGAGGAGCAGCAUGGACGAGGACGAAUAUGGCGCGCUCUUCCUGGUCUCAGUGGACGAGUUGGGCGUGCCAGGGCUGUGGGCCUCCGUCAAGGACCUGCUGGAGUCGCGCUGUGUGCUGCACGGCCUCACGCUGCACAACAAGAUGGGCCGGGCCGUGGCCGUGGACCGCCUGCAGCUGCAGAUGGUGUCCUCCAGCGACAAGCGGCUGGCGCGGCUUCGCCCCUUCGCGCACAGUGCCGUGGUGUGGUUCCGACACCCCUACGCCCACCUGCUGCUGGUGGCCACGGCCGACCCCACCGAGUACCGAAACGUGACCAAGCCGGCCCUGAAGAAGGCCAUAGCCGACCUGGAGCGGGACUGGGGCGGGCCGCCAGCGCACCAGCCGGGCGGGGGAGGAGGCGGAGGAGGAGGAGGAGCGGGAGGCGGUGGCCUGGGGGCCGGGGGCAGGGAGGCGGGCGGCGGCGGCGGAGGAGGAGGAGGCCUGCUGGGCGGCAUGGGGCUGGGGCUGCUGGGCGGCGGCGGCGGCGGCGGCGCGGCGGCGGCGCCGGCGGGCGUGCUGGGCGCGGAGUGGGUGGUGGUGUACGUGCGGCCGCCGGAGCUGGACGUGGGGGACAAGGGCGUCAAGAAGGUGUACGAGAAGCUGUAUGUGGAGCUGGAGGCGGCCUACCUGGAGACACUGGACCGGCCCGAGCAGCAGCAGCAGCAGCAGCAGGGGGCGGCAGCAGCAGGAGGAGGAGGCGGCGGCGGCGGAGGAGGAGGAGCGGGAGAUGAGGAGGACGACCGAUACGGCGCCUGCGGCGAGGGCGGCGAGGUGGCUAGUCUCAUGGCGGCCAGCUGGCGCGUCACGCGGCGCUGCGUGCUCAAGAGGGCCGCGGUGCAGGAGUUCAGGUUCCGGCAGUACCUGUUCGCGGCGCAGUCGCGGCUGCUGCUGCGCCUGGGCCGCCCCGUGGACGUGGCGGAGCGGGCGCUGCGCUUCAUCGCCGCAACGGCGCGGCAGCUGGCGGCGCGGGAGGCGCCGGCGGCGGGAGGAGGCAAGGCGGCGGCGGGGGGCGGCGGCGGUGUGCGGCCUCUGUUCAAGGAGGCCUGGACCUUCUCUGCCUGCAUGUCCGUCAUCGCCGCCGUCACCGCCUCCGUGGCCGGCAGGCCGAUGGCGGCGGCGGCGGCGGCAGAGGGCGGCGGCGGCGGCGGCGGCGGCGGCGGAGGCGCGGCGGGUGCAGGGCCGGGCAUGGACGCGACGCCGAGUGAGCACCACCACACAGGCAGCGGUGACACGCCAGCGGUUCGGGACACGCGCUCGCGCUCCACACCCUACGGCCCCGGCGGCGGCGGCGGCGGCAUGAUGCGCGGCCGCAGCAACACAGCCGGGCCCGCGGCAGCCGGCGCCGACACCGAACAUGACGUCGCGGACCCCGACACCGCCCCUGGCGGCGGCGCACCUGGCGGCGGCUCCCCUGCUGGCGGCGCCCCUGCUGGCGGCGGCGGCGGCGGGCCGGUGGACUGGGCGCUGUGCCUGCCGUACGAGGCGGAGGUGCCGGCGCUGGACCCGCUCAGCCUGUGCGGCCAGGCGGUGGCGCCCGCGGCACUGGCGGCGCUGGCGGCGGCGGCGGCGGGCAGGCCCGGCGGGGACUCGGAGGCGCUGCUGCGGCACGCCACGUACCAGUCCUACCUGCUGGCCCUGGCCCAGCUGUACGGCACCGCACGUGGCGCGCUGCUGGCGCUGGCGGCACGUACGGCGGAGCUGACGGCGGCGGCGCAGGCGGCGGCGGAGGCCGAGGAGGCGGCGGCGGCGGCGGCGGCGGCGGCGGCUGAUGCUGGGGCGGAGGAGGGGGAGGAGGCGGAGGGGGGGUCGGGCGGCUGGUCGGAGCUGCUGGCGGGCUGGCGGCGGGGGCUGGGCGGGCUGCCGCCGCAGUACCCCUGCCGCGGCGUGGUGGGCGGGUUCGUGGACCAGGAGGAGGACCGGCAGUUUGAGGCCACGCCGCAGCAACAGGCCACUCCGCUGCAGCUGCUGAGGCAGGCGCUGGCACUGGCGGCGGGAGGCGGCGGCGGAGGAGGAGCAGGAGCCGGCGGGGCGCUGGGGCAGCAGUCGCCGGCGCCAGGCGUGGGCAUGCCGCUGACCCCGCGUGGCGGCGGCGGCGGCGGCGGCGGCGGCGGCGGCGGCGAGGCGGGGGUGGGCAGCCCAGCCGCCACCAGCGCCAUAUGGCUGACGCCGCCGGGGCCUGGCGGCGGUGGUGGCGGUGGCGGCGCGGACUCGCUGUACGGCGGCGCCGGCGGUGGCGCGGGCCUGCUGAUGCGCGGCGCCGGCCAGCAGCACCCGCACGCGCGCUCCGACUCGCUCUACUCGGUCAACAUGGCCACCACGACCGCCGCCGCCGCGGGAGGAGGAGCGGGAGCGGGAGGCGCGCUGGGCUGCGGGCAGGGGCUGGCGUCAGCGGGGCCCAAUGGCGGCGGCGGCGGUGGCGGCAGUGAAUUUUGGGAGCCGCAAGGGCUGGGCGGCGGCGGCGGCGGCAUGGGAGGAGGCGGCGGGCUGCGGGGCGGCGCGGCAGGCGGCGGCGGCAUGCGGCCUGCUGGUGCUGGUGCUGGUGGUGUCGGCCGCGGCGGCGGCUUGGCGCCGUACCAGCCGCGGCACCAGCACUCCUCCUCAGCCGACACGGUGGGGUUCAGCAGUGGCGGCGGCGGCGGCGGCGGCGGCAGCGGCGCCUCCUUCUUUGCGAAGCUGGACCUGUUCGCAAGCAAGGUGUCCUCGGUGCUUGACCCGCUGCGCCCCGGCAGCAGCAGCGCCGCACACCCCCACCCGCCCUCGCGCGGCGCUACGCGGCUGGCCGCCGAGUCCGGGUCCGAGCUCGGGGCCACCGACCUGCCCAGCCCCCGGGCAGUGGAGGAGCAGGUGGCAUUGACCUCCCUUGGCCCCGGAUCCAUCGCCGACGUGCGGGCGGCUGUAGCAGCAGCCCGCAGCGCCGCCGCCGCCGCUGCCGGCAGUAGCAGCAGCACCGGUGCUACAGCCUCCGCCGCUCCGACCGCUGCUGCUACUGCUACUGCUUGCGGCGGCGGUGCUGCUGGUUCGGGUCAGGCGGCGGGUGGUGGUGGUGGUGGCGGCGGCGGCGGCGGCUCGCUGCUGCCUGCCGAGGUGGAGUGGCUGCGGGACUGGCGGCUGCGGCUGGCGCUGUCUGCGCCGCGGCGGCAUGCGGCGGACCUGGCGCUGCAGCUGGCGCUGGCGGCGGCGACCUGCUACGGGCGCGCGGGGCGGCAGCGCUCCGCCGCGGCGCUGUACUGCGACGUGGCGGCGGUGCUGCUGGCGCGCGGGCAGGCGGAGGUGGCGGCGGGGCUGGUGGAGCACGUGGCGGCGCUGGCGGCGGCGGAGGGGUGGCACGCGCUGCUGGGGCGCUCGCUGCCGGUGCUGAUGGCGGCGCAGCAGGCCAUCGGGCACGUCAUGCUGCCCUACACCUGCAUGCGCUACCUGUCGCUGCCGGCGCUGGCGGGACAGGCCCACAUGCGCCGCCGCGUGCUGGAGCUGCUGCUGCAGCUCAGCGGCUGUAGCAGCGGCGGCGGAGCCGGCAGCAGCAGCAGUAGCACCAACGGUCUGGCUGCUGCUACGGACGCGGCGGCGGGCGGGCGGCCGCGGCGGCAGCUGCUGCUGGGCUCGCCGCACGGGGUGGGGGCGGCGGCGGCGGCGGUGCUGCAGAUGUCAACCAUGCAGGCUGUGCAGGCCGCGCUGCACCCCGACGCCACCAGUCGCUUCCGCGGCGGCGCCGGCCCCACCGGCCAGCCCCUGCUCACGCCGCCGGCUCGCACCGCCGCCGCCAAGUCGCGCGCCGCCGCCCGGGCCGCCCGCGCCGCCACCAGGAAGCCUGCUGGCGCGGCGGUGGCGGCGGCGGUGGCGCCGCGCGGCGCGACGCUGCUGCGUGUGGGCGACGUGUGCUGUGUGGUCGUGACGCUGCACAGCAACCUGCCCGGACCCGUGGCGCUGUCCGACCUGCGGCUCGUGCUGGGCUGCCUGCAGGCGCCGCCGACGGCGGCCGCAGCACAGCACGCACCGCACGCGCCGCACGCGCAGUCGCAGCACGGGUACAAUCCCCACCACUCCCACCACGGCCACGGCCACGCCGCUUCCGGCGCCGCCCAGCAGCAAGCGCAGCGCGGCGGUGGCGGCGCCGGCGGCGCGUACCCGCAGCAGCAGCAGCAGCAGCAGCAGCAGCUGCCGCCGCCGCGGGCGUCGGGCGGGCUGCAGCGGCCGUCGCUGCAGAUGCAGGUGCAGCAGCAGGGGGCGGCGGGGCAGCUACAGCCCAUGGGCCGCACCUCCACAGAGCUGCAGCAGCAGCAGCAGCAGGGGGCGGCGGGCUCGGCACUGCGGCGGCCCGCCUCACAGACGGGGCAGCUGCCGGGCCGGCCCGGCGGCGCCGGCGCCGGCAGUGCCUUCCAGGGCGCUGCCGGCCCCGGGGCCGCGGCCUACCCGCCCCACCACCACCGCAACCUGUCGGGCGGCGACUGGGUAAUGGGCGGCGGCGGCGGCGGCGGCGGGCAGGGGCAGCGGCCCCUGCCGGGCUUACAGGCGGCCGCUGCAGGCGGCGGCGGCGGCGGCGGUCCUUUCGCGCGGCACACAGCCGUGUCGGUGGGGGAGGGCGGCAGCUACAGCCUGGGAAAUCCGGGCCACAUGCAGCAGCCGCUGUCCAGCCUCGAGUCCUGGCUGCAGACCCCCGCGGGCACACCCCACACCCAGCCCCACCACCUCCACCCACACACCUCGGGGCCGUUGGCGGCGCAGCCUGGCGGCGGCGGCGGCGGCGGCGGCGGGAUGCCGGCCGUGGCGGCGGCCGCCGGCGCCGCCACCGGCAGCUUCAGCGGCACGCUGCUGCAUUACCACCCGCACGGCGCGCCGCCGCCGCCGCCGGGCCCGCCGCCGCCGCCGCCCGCCAUCCACCACGGCUACGGCGGCCCGCCGCCGGCGGCCACCUCCGGCGCUGCCGGCCUCGCUCAGGGCGGCGCGCCCAUGUCCCACCACACCCACCACGCCUCCAUGAUGCCCUCAGCCGCGGCGCUCGCCGCCGGCCUUCACACAACCGGCUCCGCCGCCGCCGGCCUCAACAGCUUCGGCGGCGGCGCCGCCGCCGCCGCCGCCUGGCAGCUGCCGGUGCAGCCCGGCUCGCCAUCCGUACUGAGCAGUGCGCAUGGCGGUGGUGGCGGCGGCGGCGGCGGGCCGUCUCGCAUGGGCGGCGGCGCCUCGGCUCUGUCCAUGUCGCGCCCCUCUGGGCCCUUCGGCGGCGGCGGCGGCGGCGGCGGCGGCGGCAGUGCCCAUGCGAGUGGCGGCCUGGACCGGAACGCCACCACCAGCAGCAGCCUGUCUCUUGGGCUGCCGCCGGCGGCAGGCGGCGGCGGCGGCGGCGGCCCGGGGGCUCAGAGCUACGGCAACCUGUCUGAGGCGUCGGGUCUGGGCAAGCGCGCGCCGUCGUGGCCGGACGCGCUGUCGGCGGCGGCGGCGCUUGCGGGCGGCGGCGGCGGCGGCGGCGGCGGGCCUGGCUCCACCUACGGCGCCCCGGGCUCGCCCUUCACCGCGGGGCCGUUGGGCAGUGCCUCCAACCUUAUGCUGCACGCCCAAGCCGCCGCCGGCGGCGGCGGCGGCGGCGGCGGCAGCCGCAGCGUCUUGGGCGCCAUGGGGCCGCCCGGAGCCAGUGGGCCGCUGUCGGACUACGGCGGCGGCGGCGGAGGAGGAGGGGGAGGAGGGCCGUUCUCGCCGGUUUCCACACGCGGCGGCGGCGGCGGCGCAAGCUGGGCGCCCGCCGACGACCUGGUGUGCUGCCACCUGGUGCGGCUGGAGCGCCCGGCGGCGGCGGCGGCGGCGGCGGCGGCGGCGGGGCAGGGUGGCGGCGGCGAGCCCAGUGAGGGCAGUGACGACAGCGGCGCAGCCGCUGCUGCCGCCGCUGCUACAGCCGCGUGCGACUGGCGGCAGGGGGUGCUGCUACAGCCGGGCACCAGCCGCCUGGUGUUCCGCGCCGCGCCCGCCCGGCCCGGGCUGUACUACGGCCGCCACCUGGCGGCGGUGCUGGGCGGCUUCGAGCUGCGCAUCCCGCUGCUGCCGGCGGCGGCGCUGGCGGCGGACGUGGCGGCGCUGGGCGGCGGCUGGGCGGGGCUGGCGGCGCUGCAGCCCGGCGGCGGCGGCGGCGGCCCGGCGGGCGGCGGCCUGGGCGGCCUGGGCGGGGGGCUGGGGUACGGCGGCGGCACAGCCAGCACGGCGGCGGCGCUGGCGCGACUGGGGCGCGUGGAUGGCGGCGAGGUGCGGCACCUGGACGUGGCUCUGGUGGUGGUGCCGCUGGUGCCGCGGCUGCUGGCGGCGCCGGUGCUGGUGGGCGGAGGGCUGGCGGCGGGGCUGCCGCAGUGGCUGGGGCUGGCGCUGGCACCCCUUGACUUGGAGGAGGAAGAAGAAGAGGAGGAAGAAGUAGAAGAAGAAGGGGAGAAGGAAGAGGAGGAGGAGGAGGGAGAGGGAGGGGAGGGAGAGGUGGAGGUGGACGUGGCGUGCCGGCGGUCGCGGGGCGAGGCGGCGGGCGGCCUGGCGCAUGCCCGGGUGCUGGUGCAGCCCCGCGCCCACGCGCCGCUGCGGGUGGGCGAGUGGCCGCCGCCCCCCGCCGGCGCCACCCCGGCCUUGGCGCUGUCCGCCAUGCCCUCCUUCAACCUCACAGCCACCUCGGCAGCCGCCGCCGCCGCCGCAGCAGCAGCUACAGCCGCAGCAGCAGCCGCGUCACAUGGGCACGAGGGGGCCGAGGGCGGCUGGCCGCCGCCGCCGCUGUCGCCCGCACCCAUGAGCCCACUGCCGUCCUUCAGCGCCGGAGGCGGCGCCGCCGGCGCCGGCGGCGCCUUCGCCAACGCCGCGGCGGCGGCGGCGCUGCUGGGCGCGCCCUCUACCAGCUUCGGCGGCGCCGGCGGAAUGGGUAUGGGUAUGGGCAUGGGCGUGGGGUUGGGCAUGGGGUUGGGUGUGCCGGGCGGUGUGUACCGGCGCUCUGACGCGGGCGCGCUGUGCCGUGUGGCGGUGGUGGACCUCAAGAAGGCCGCGCGCACCGCGGCGCCCGAGGCGGCAGUAGCAGGGACGGCAGCAGCACCAGCAGGGGCUAAGGGCGGUGCCGGUACUGGGCGGACGCAGAAGCAGCUGCAGCUGCAGCAGCAGCAGUUGGAUGCGGCGCCGCCGCUGCCGCCGCCGGGCGCGGGUGUGUGUUGGACGUACGCCACGCGCCAGGGUGUGGACUUGUCGCAGGCGCUGUGCGGGCCGCUGCGCUCGCCCGUGCUGCUGUGGCUGCCGGUGUGGGUGCCGCCAGUGGAGCUGGUGGGGGCGGGCGGCGCCGGCGACGGCGUGGGUGGCGGCGGCGGCGGCGGCGGCGGGGCGGCUGCGCCGCUGGCGCUGCCGCCCGAUGUGGUGCGUGUGCAGCAGCCGGAGCCGCUGCUGGGGCCGCUGCAGCUGCAGCAGCAGGCGGCGGCUGCAGCGGCGGCUGUAGCGCAGCAGCAGCAGCAGCAGCAGAGCAACGGCUACAGCCGUGGAGGCGGUGGUGGGGAGCAGUGGGCGCAGCGCGGUCCCUACAACCCCCAUGCAGGCGCCGCCCUGGCGGCCCCCCGGCGGCCGCCGCCGCUGCCGCACAUUGAGCUGGAGGUUGUGGUGGAGGGGCUGCUGCGGCAGGGCGGCCUGGCGGGGGUGGCAGGGCUGGGGGCAGCAGCAGCAGGCAAGGGCGGCGGCGGCGGCGGCGGCGGCGGUGCGGGGGUGUGGCGCUCACACGCCACGUCUGUGUCCGUGCCGCUGAAGCAGCCCUUCACUGUCCACACCCGGGCCACGCAGCUGCCCGACGGCCGCGUGCUGGUGGCCGCCGCCGCCUCCUCCUGCCUGCUGCUGCCCGCGGCGCUGGCGGCGGUGGCGCUGGAGCCGCAGUGCGGGCUGGCGCUGGAGGCGUGCCUGGCGGGGCCGGGCGCGGCAGCCCUGGGCGGCGGCGGCGGAGCCUUCGGCGGUGGGGCAGGACCCAGUCCGAUGGACUCGGUCGGUGCCGCGGCAGGGGCGGCGGCGGCGGGGGCUGCGCCGUUGGCGCUGCUGGCGCCGGGCGAGUCCGUGACCUGGGCGUUCAUCCUGACGCGCUCUGCAGAGGGCUCGCUGCCGGGCCUGCCCCAGUACCCGCACGCCGAGGACUGCUGCGUGCUGCACCUGGCCUUCAGCGUGGCACCCUCGGCAGUAACAGCGGCCGCGGCGGGCGCAGGCGCGGGCGCUACAGCCGCCGCCUCGGGCGCGCCGCCGCGGCAGGUGGGGGUGCUGCCGCUGGAGGCGGAGGAGGUGCUGGGGCCGGCGCUACAGCCCGUGUGCGGCUACCGCUACCCCCUGCCCCCACUGGCGGCGCAGGGCGGCCCCGCCGCCGCCGCCGCCGCGGCAGCAGCCUACUCCUCCCAGCAGCAGCAGCAGCCAGCAGCGGGCGAGGAUGGCGAGGCUGCUGCUGCUGCUGCUGCUGCUGCUGCUGCUGCUGCUGCUGGCGCCGGUGGGGUUCACGCGGUGCUGUCGUCGCCGCUUCCGCCAUACGACGCGGCUGCCGCCGCCGCCGCCGCCACCGCCGUGCCCAACAUCUACAGCCACACGGGCACCUUCACACCGCCCGGCGCCCCCGCCGCCGCCGCCGCCGCCGCCUCGCCCGGUCCCCACGACAGCUGGCAGCUGCCGCCCGCCGCCAGUGGCGGCCACGGACUGCUCGGCCCCUCCUCCGCUCCCCCGCUCACCCCUGCGCCGCCGUCGCUGCUGCUACAGCCGCAGGCGCAGCAGCUGCUACAGCCUCCGGCGUUGUUCAGCUUCCGCCACGGCUUCCUGCUUGAGUUCCCGGCCAGCAGCUCGUUGGCGCACAACCUGGUGUCGGUGAGGCUGCUGGGGCCGCACUCGGCGGCGAGGGGGCAGCCGCUGCACCUCACAUGGCUCAUCACGCGCCUCACCGCAGCAGCGGCGGCGCCGGCGGCGCCAGCGGCGCCGGCGGCGGCUGCGGGACCCUCGCCUGAUGAGGCAACAGACGUGGCGGUGUAUGAGGUGGUGGAGGCGGCGGAGGGCGGCAGCAGUGGCGGCGCUGUAGGCGGUGGGGGCGGUGGUGGGGGUGGGGGUGGGGCGUUGUCCGGCCCCAGCGGCGCCGCGAGUGUGCUGGUUGGGGGCGGCGGCGCGGGAGGGGGGGGAGGGGGAGGGGGGGGAGGGGGGGGCGGCGGCGCGGGAGGCGGGGGAGGAGGGGGAGGGGGAGGCGCCCGGUGGCGUCAGGCGGUGGGGUGUCGUGGCAGUGUGCGGCUGGGCCGGGCCAAGGGCGCCGUGGCGGUGGUGGAGGCGGUGGUGGUGCCGCUGGCGGUGGGGGUGCUGCAGCCUCCGGCGCUGCGGCUGCGGGGGCUGCGGGAGGUGCGGGACGAGGAGUCGGCGGCGGCCGACUAUGUGGUGGUGGCGGGGGGCUAGGUGGGGGCGUGGAGGGGCGUGCAGCGGAGGUGGGUGCCAGCGAGGGGUUACAGCGCUUUUGUAGAUGCAUGGGAGGAGGCGGCUGUGGUAGGGCAGCGGAGGGCGCGUGAUGUCAUCGGAAUUUCGGAAGGAGGCAGAGCGGGCCUUGCAGCCCCGCUCUGUGUGAGCUCUGUGUGAGCUCCGGUACUCCGGAGAUCAUGUUUGUUGGAUUGAUUCCGCAUGCAAUGUUGGCAUGACCGUCGCGUGGCGUGUUAAUUCGGCGUGUUGCGCGUUCUCGCGGUCUCCGAUCCCAAGUGGUCACAAACGCAUGGGGCGACGGCGGUCCCGUCGCUGGAUGGUGGCCGCACCGUGCGGGUGGCGCGCGGCGCCUGAGGCCCCCGGUUGACCAGGAGAAGAUGAAAGGCCGCGGACGUGCAACUGCGGCAAGAUGAGCCAGCCGCCUUGCUCAUCCUGGAAGGAAAUGGAAGUUGCAUGGGUUACACGACGGCCCUGUUGACGCAGCUCACGAACCAGUG